GUGGGAUCUAAACUGGUGGGAGACGCGUGGUUUAGGAAAGCAUUCGUCUCCUGGAGUACAGUAGAGCGCGAGACGCGGAGUUGUGGCAGGAUGCGUUCUCUCCACUGAGCGCGAGGGAAACUACGGCACUUGUGCAUGGAACUAAUUAAGAACAAUAUAUGCGUAUACACAUAUAUUUUUUUAAUGAACCUGACACAUUCAAUCGAUCAGCCCUGGCAGUUUAAUAAGAUAAUUGCGUAAUAAACCAAAUCAAUAAACAGUUAGUUGUAUGGGUUUUUGCACUUACUGCCUAAUGCUAGAGGGCGGUGGCAUUUCGCCGUGCAUUAGCCUCUUGGACAUCUAUCACAUCACCGAGUGUCUUCAGAGAAGUCCCGGGACCAACUGAACCGGCUGUUUGCCCCCCUCCCCAUUUUGGUUUUCCCCAUAUCCUUUUUAGACUGCUCUAAGCGGAGUUUGGAACUCACUAAUUUAGCUGCGAUUGUACAGCCGUCACAGAGGCACCUGGCAUUUAAAAAGCGGAUUUCACUCUUCGAGGAGUUCACUUCUUCGUAUCAUGGGGGAAAAGGACCAGAUUGUGAACGGUGGAAUGAGAUUCGCAGGAUACUUAUCGCAGAUGUGCACGCUACCCGGAUUUCUCCUGAUUGUCAGCAUCCACAUCGGAGCCGCGCAAGUCGAUGACGACUUCCUGGGAUUGGGAGAGCUGCCCGAGACGUUCCCCUCGGACCCCCCCGAGCCCCUGCCGCACUUCCUGAUGGAGCCGGAGGAGGCGUACAUCGUGAAGAACAAGCCCGUCAACCUGUACUGCAAGGCCACGCCCGCCACGCAGAUCUACUUCAAGUGCAACAGCGAGUGGGUGCACCAGAAGGACCACACCGUGGAGGAGCGCGUGGACGAGACCUCAGGGCUGGUGGUGCGGGAGGCCAGCAUCGAGAUCUCGCGGCAGCAGGUGGAGGAGCUGUUCGGGCUGGAGGACUUCUGGUGCCAGUGCGUGGCCUGGAGCUCCGCGGGCACCACCAAGAGCCGGCGGGCGCACGUCCGCAUCGCCUAUCUCAGGAAAACCUUUGACCAGGAACCGUUAGGGAAGGAAGUUUCUCUGGAACAGGAAGUUCUUCUGCAGUGCCGGCCUCCCGAGGGUAUACCUGCUGCUGAGGUGGAGUGGCUGAAGAACGAGGAGAUCAUCGACCCGGCGGACGACCGGAACUUCUACAUCACCAUCGACCACAACCUGAUCAUCAAGCAGGCGCGGCUGUCCGACACCGCCAACUACACCUGCGUGGCCAAGAACAUCGUGGCCAAGCGACGGAGCACCACCGCCACAGUCAUCGUCUAUGUGCACGGGGGCUGGUCGACGUGGACCGAGUGGUCGGUGUGUAACAGCCGCUGCGGGCGGGGGUUCCAGAAGAGGACCCGCAGCUGCACAAACCCCGCGCCCCUCAACGGGGGCACCAUGUGUGAGGGGCAGGGCGUCCAGAAGCUGGCCUGCACUUCCCUGUGUCCAGUGGACGGUCUGUGGACUGAGUGGAGUAAGUGGUCUACCUGUGGGACCGAGUGCACUCAUUGGAGGAGGAGAGAGUGCGCCGCCCCCGCACCCAAAAACGGGGGGAGGGACUGUGACGGCAUGGUGCUGCAGUCUCAGAACUGCACGGACGGGCUGUGCAUGCAGACCGCGCCCAGCUCGGACGACGUGGCGCUGUACGUGGGCGUCGUCAUCGCUGUCAUCAUGUGCCUGCUCAUCUCCGUCAUCGUGGCUCUCUUCGUCUACCGCAAGAACCACCGCCGCUUCGACUCUGACAUCAUCGACUCCUCCGCCCUCAACGGCGGGUUCCAGCCUGUGAACAUCAAGACCGCUCGGACAGCCGACCUCCUGGCCACCUCGCCCGACCUGACCUCUGCGGCCGCCCGGUACCGCGGGCCCGUCUACGCCCUGCACGACGUCUCGGACAAGAUCCCCAUGACCAACUCGCCCCUCCUGGACCCGCUGCCCAACCUGAAGAUCAAGGUGUACAACUCCUCGGGCCUGGCCACGCCCCAGGAGGACCCCGGCGACUUCGGCUGCAAGCUCUCGCCCAAGGUCACGCACUCCCUGCUGGACGGCGAGGCCAUGAACCUGCGCAGCCAGAGCCUGGCUCGAACCCGCGACCCCUCCUGCACCGCCUUCGGCUCCUUCAACUCCCUGGGGGGGCACCUCAUCGUGCCCAACUCAGGCGUGAGCUUGCUGGUGCCGGCAGGAGCCGUUCCUCAGGGCCGUGUGUAUGAGAUGUACGUGACCCUGCACAGGAAGGACAGCAUGAGGCCUCCCGUGGAGGACGUGCAGACGGUCCUGAGCCCGGUGGUGAGCUGUGGGCCCCCGGGGGCCGUCCUGUCCCGCCCCGUCAUCAUCACCAUGCACCACUGCGCCGAGACCGACAGCCAGGACUGGCACAUCCAGCUGAAGAGCCAAUCAGAGCAGGGCCAGUGGGAGGACGUGGUGGUGGUGGGCGAGGAGAACUUCACCACGCCCUGCUACGUCCAGCUGGACGCGGAGGCGUGCCACGUGCUGACGGAGACGCUGGGGACGUACUGCCUGGUGGGCCAGUCUGUCAGCGCGGCCGCCGCCAAGCGGCUGAAGCUGGCCGUGUUCGGGCCCGUCUCCUGCGCCGCGCUGGAGUACCACGUCCGGGUCUACUGCCUGGACGACACGCAGGACGCCCUGAAGGAGGUUCUGCAGAUGGAGAAGCAGAUGGGGGGGAAGCUGCUGGAUGAACCAAAGAUGCUCAACUUCAAGGACAACAGCCACAACCUGCGGCUGUCCAUCCACGACGUUCCCCACGCGCUGUGGAGGAGCAAGCUACUAGCCAAGUACCAGGAACUGGUCUUCUACCUGGUGUGGAGCGGAUCCCAUGCUCCCCCCUGCACCUUCAUGAGCGCUCUCGUGCACCGCCGGCUCACCUGCAAGCUGUGCGUGCGGCAGGUGGAGGGGGAGGGGCAGAUAUUCCAGCUCAGCAGCGCUCUGUCCGAGGACGUCCAGAGCAUAGACACGUCGCUGCUGGACCCGGCGGGCAACGUCACCGCCCUGGUGGGGCCCGGGGCGUUCCGCAUCCCCCUGUCCAUCCGGCAGAAGCUGUGCGGCAGCCUGGACGCCCCCCAGACCCGCGGCAACGACUGGAGGAUGCUGGCCCACAAGCUGAGCCUGGACAGGUACCUGAACUACUUCGCUACGAAGUCCAGCCCGACGGGGGUGAUCCUGGACCUGUGGGAGGCGCAGCACUUUCCGGACGGAGGCCUGGCCCACCUGGCCGCCGUGCUGGAGGAGAUGGGUCGCCAGGACACCUUCGUUCCCAUGGCAACGGACCACUGAUGCUGAGAAACAGCCGACCGAUCGACGGAGGGAAAACGGACCGACGUACGAUGGGCGGCGUGCGAGCGAUCAGCGUGGAUCAGGUCCUCAGACGACGCAAACGGGUCUAAGAGAGAAAAGCUUGCGUGGGCUGAGCCUGCUCAUCCUUUCCUGAAAGAGAAAAAAUGAAAAUUCUGCUUUUCAUUUCUAUGGAAACGCAACGAAAGACGAAAAAUAGCAAAAAAACGGAAAUAAAUAUAAUUUAUACAUGAUGGAAGCAUAAACUUACACCAGAGGUUUCUUGUUAGCCAUGGCUAUAGGCUCCUUGGUGCAGUUUUCCUGUUGAUACAGUUUCCUAGGAAACGCUUUAUUCUGCUGUCCAUGUAUGUGGAUGAUGUCAUCGCGCUCCAGACGGGUUGCGGGUUGCUCAGUGGUCAGCAGUGCGGGCUAUUGUGAUGCGUGCAGUUGAGUUACGGAUCAACCAAUCAAAACAUUUCUCACCUGCUCCUUCAUUCCCACCUGCCUGCUCCAAAAAUCAUUUAUCAUGCUUGUAUCGUUUUUUGCAGUAUCGACAUGUUCAAGUGCUCUCCUAAUUACAGAAGGAGAUCUAUACAUGGAUCUGUGUGCAGGAGACCGCACGCAGGAGAGUUCAUACAGGAGGGUUUUUUAUUUCUUUUAUAUUUUUGUGCAACACUAUAUCUUGCCCACAUGUAUGUCAUAUUUUUUUUAUUUUUGUUUAGCCAUUUCCUUUCUCCACAGUGCCAUCUUGUGGGCAUAGAGAAAAACACGUGCAACCCCUCUUUUUAGAGGUACAAAGCCAACGGUGCAAACCUGUAAAUAUGCAUAAAAGAACAUUGUGAUGUCUGUAAAUUUGUGAUUUGUGGUAUUAUUUUGUUAAGUUUUUUAUUAUUUUUUUAAAUGCUGAAGUUUAAAUGUGUUUUGAUGAAAGGAGGAAAAAUCCGGUGUUAAGUCAUGAUGAUGUAAUAUCAGCCUGCAGCAGCAGCUCAUCUGAACACCUGGUGCUUCGUUAAGUUAACCUUCGCCAGCAGUGUUUACAGGGGUGUGCAGGUGUGUCCGGGCUCAGGUGUUUAGGUAAGCUGUUGUGCACCGAGGGAACAGGUACUUCUGCACACUGCAGUGCACAGGUAAAAAAAAGAAUACCUGUUCUGCCUAAAUAUGCCUUUCAGAAUUUUAAACCACUCACACUUUUAUCUUUUAUAGUGUAAACCUUUCUCUCCAUGGCAGUGCAAUCAGCAGACCUAAAGGGACUGGCCUAAGACAAUGACUGACUCACGUUAUGAUCUGAUUGGUUUAUCAAAGGUGAAGACUGUCACUAUUACUAUUUAAUUAAUCACCCCCUACCCCACCCCCUCUCCGUGUCUCAGUUCUCUUAAUUGUAUUAGAAAUCAUAUAAUUUAAGAUAAUAAAACACAUCUGCAAAUGAUUAUUUAUACUAGUGUAGUUCCAAAACCAGCAGUAUUUUUGAAAACAGGAAAUGUCAAAAUCCAAAUAUGUAUGGCAAACUGCAGAUUGUAACGCCAUAUAUGAUUACAAACCAAAGUUCUAUCCCACCGGUGGAACUUUUCAAAAAAAAAAAAAAUAAAUAAUAAUAAUUGGAAGUGUGUCAGCUUUCUUGUCGAUAAGUACAGCCAUCUUGAUAAGAGAAACACCAGUGUGUCUUACCUCUAAGCCACUUUGUGUUUGGAUUUUUGUGAAAUAUUCUUUCACAAAAUAAGUGAAGGAACAAACGCUUAAACUAAAAGGCUGGUAUUGAUUUUUCUUUCUAAUUGAGUGUCAGGCUACAAGGGGGAGACAUCGUCAAGUUUCACUGUUUGGGGGGGGGGGUAAUUCUUUGUUAGAUAUUUGCAUUCUCAGGAUUGCUUUUCUUGCAGGUUAUUUGGUGAUUGCAUCUAUUGAUGUACAAAAAAAAAAAAACCAACACAAAAACCCUUCACAGUGGCUGUGAAUUCAUAUCUAUGGUGAUUUCACUCAAGGCCUCCUAGGUAAAGAGCUCGGAUAGCUAAUUAUUGUGUGUUAUUUGAUUCAUGUUUUGCCUCUAUGUGGUACUGUGUGAGGGCGUUGAUCUCAUUUAUACUUUGGGGGGUGGGCAGUCGGGGAAUGACAGCAAACAGGGAAUUUCCUUUCUGAUUUUUAUUUCUUUUUUAUUUUCUGGGGGAGGGACACUAAUUCUACCACCCAAUACAACACAGUAAUAUUGCCCCCGCCGGGGGUGGCGGGGUUGAUGUUGUCCCAAAGUUGGGGGACCCGUCUCCCUCUAGAUCUGCAUCGCCAUGGUUACCUGGGGAGACAGGUGGCCCCGCCUCUUCUGUUAAUGUCUAGUGUGAGCAGAGUGUGCCUGCUGACCUCAACUGGACUGUUCCAUUCUACACCAACAGGGGGAGACGAGGACAAUGAAAUGUGAUAAACCGACACAGAUAUUUUUGGUCAAUGAGGUGUGUAUGAUACAUGUAUUAUGUACAGAGGUUUCCAGUCUGAGCUUGUCCUCAGUUUAUACAACGGCAGUAGGCAGUCUCUAGUCUUUGUUCUCUCGCAAAAGCUGUCAGAUUAAAAAAAAAAGCUGUCUAUGCAAACUCGGGCAUCCAUUACAAACACGGUGUUCUUUUGUGGAAAUGCUUGAAGUGGUGAAGUGGCCGUUCAGGUGUAUUUGGAUCAGUACUUUUGGCACUAAAGUGAAGAUGUGCUCAGCACUUGCACUUUGGGACGUGUCCUGCAAAUGCUCGGAUUUCUUCAAAUUUCUGUACAAAGUGUAAGAAAGAAUUUUUAAACAAGUAAUAAAUUAUAUUUAUAAGCAA